AUGGCUACGACACAUGAAGAGCUGAUGCAGUUCGCUAAGGCAGCUGAGACCGCGAUAAAAAAUUGUGCGGUUCGUUUGGCCGGGUCCAAAGGAAUAGCCCAAGCCAAAAGCGGCUGCUAUGUGUAUAAGCCGCAAGGUGCCCAAAACCUCAAGCCAAUAUCUCGAACUACUGAUGAAAGAAACUGCUUCUCAGACUUACAACCUAGAGUAAUGCUCAUUAAUGCUGUCGGCGGUAUGUUUAUAAGGCUGUCGCAAUGGCUGGCGAUUCAUGCUGACGGCACGGUGUCGGUCUACACCGGCAAGGUCGAACUGGGGCAGGGCAUCAUCACGGCGCUCGCGCAAAUCGUGGCCGGGGAACUGGAUAUUGCCUUGUCGCGUGUGCGCCUGGUUGCAGCCAGCACAGGCGGCAGUCCGAAUGAAGGCGUCACGGCGGGCAGCAUGUCGGUGCACGACUCCGGCGGCGCCUUGCGCCAGGUGUGUGCCGAGGUGCGGGCCAUUUACCUGCUGGCGGCAGCAGCGCGCCUGAACCUGACGCCGGACGCCGUUGCAAAGCUUGAGGUAAACGACGGGCAGAUAGGCACAGGCGACGGCAAAGUCACCAGUUACUGGGAUCUCGCUGAUGAGACCUUGCUGGACUGCGAGGCUUGCGGCGUUGCAUUGCCCAAACCUGCCGGCCGUUCGCAGCUUGCGGCGCAGCGGGUGGAUAUUCCCGACAAGGUAAUGGGCCACGCGCGUUUUAUCCAGGACAUGAGCCUGCCCGGCAUGCUGUACGGGCGUGUCCUGCAUCCACCGUCGCCGGGCGCAGUAUUGCAGCCCAUUGAGCUUGAAACCGUCAAUGAGUUGCCAGGCGUCGUGACCACAGUGCGCGACGGCAGCUUUGUUGGCGUGGUUGCCGACAACGAAUACGGCGCGGUAAAGGCGCUGGCGAAGUUGACGCGGCUGGCGACCUGGUCUGAAACGCCGGCCCUGCCAGACAUGAACGCCAUGCAGGAUUUUUUGCGUUCGCAGCCCGCAGAAACGACUGUGUUUGCCGAGAAGACGGGUGCAGAUAUAGCGGCCGGUGCGCGUGAGUUUGCUGCUGCCUAUUCGCGCCCCUUCCUGGCACAUGCAUCCAUCGGCCCUUCGUGCGCCGUGGCGCUUUACCAGCCAUCAGCGCUGAAGGUCUGGACGCACAGCCAGGGCAUGCAUAACCUGCGUGCUGACCUUGCCGUGAUGUUUGAGAUGCCUGCAGAAAACAUCGCGUUGCAGCAUGUGGAAGGUGCCGGCUGUUACGGGCACAACGGUGCUGAUGAUGCCGCUGCAGACGCUGCGCUGCUGGCGCGUGCGGUGCCGGGCAGGCCUGUACAGCUGCAGUGGACACGUGAAGACGAACUGGGCUGCGCGCCUUUUGGCGCAGCCAUGGCUGUUGACCUCAAGGCAACAGUCGAUGCCAGCGGCCGUAUUGCCACCUGGCAGCAUGACGUGUGGUCUACCGGGCACAGCAUGCGGCCCGGGCGCAGCAAGAUACCCGUGCUCAUGGCCGCCAGCCUGCUUGAGAAGGGCUAUGAAAAGCAGGUCGCCAUCAACAUGCCGACUGCUUCGGGUGGUGGUGCGGAGCGCAAUUCGGCGCCGCUUUACGACUUUGAGCAAUGGCGUGCAACCAGCCACCGCAGUCUGGUGAUGCCGUUGCGGACUUCGUCCCUGCGCUCGCUGGGUGCGCACUGCAAUGUGUUUGCCGUCGAAUCGUUCAUGGAUGAAAUAGCUGCUUCGCUGCAGCUUGACCCGCUGGACUUUCGUUUGCGCCACCUCUCUGACCCCAGGGCACUUGAGGUGCUCAAGGCCGUGGCCGAUAUGUCGGGCUGGCGCCAUCGUGCUGAAAAGAAGGCCGGGGGCGAGGGCCGCGGCAUGGGCCUGGCCUUUGCCCGGUAUAAAAGCACCGGUGCGUGGUGUGCAGCGGUAGCCCUGAUCGAUGCAGGCCAGGAGCUCAAGGUUGAAAAGCUCUGGCUUGCUGUUGAUGUGGGCCGGGUCGUCAACCUUGACGGCGUUGUCAACCAGAUUGAAGGCGGCGCCAUCCAGACGGUGAGCUGGGUGCUCAAGGAGCAGGUGCAGUUCGACCGCACGCGUGUGCUCAGCAAAACCUGGGAAAGCUACCCCAUCCUGCGUUUCUCCGAGGUGCCAGCCGUCGAGGUCAAGGUGCUCGACAGGCCAGACCAGAAAUCCAUAGGCGCAGGCGAACCCACGCACGGCCCGGUUGCCGCUGCCAUAGCCAAUGCACUGGCCGACGCACUGGGUGUGCGGGUGCGCAAUAUGCCGCUCAGUACCGACAACAUCACGCAGGCCGCGCUGGCCGAAGACACCGUACAGAACUGA